GACGUAAAUGAACUACAACAACAACAAAUAAGUAGGGUUAUAGACGAGUGCCGGCUGCUAAAACAAUCUGGCAAAACAGAAUAAAUAAUUAUUUGAAAUAAAUAAUUUCUAAGAGGUUUAAAGCGUUAGUUGCGUUCACUGACACACAAAUCGUCGAAUGAAAAUGUUUCUUUUGUGUUAUGUAAUCUAAAGAUUAGAUUGAAACAUUUAAUUCUGUUAUUUUAUUUUUUCACAACCGGCGUCUUCUUUUGAUUCGUUAAGUAGUAUUUAAUUUGCUAAGCUUCAUUUGUUUAAUUUCUAAUUUUUAGAAUUAGUAAUAUGGCACCUGUGCUUGGAUACUGGAAUAUUAGAGGGUAUGCUCAGCCUGCCCGUCUUAUGUUAGCGUAUAAGGAAGAAAAGUUCGAAGAUAAAAGGUAUGACUAUGGGCCAGCUCCUAAUUAUAGACAGGAGUGGUUAAAGGUGAAAAAUACUCUUGGUUUGGCGUUUCCAAAUCUACCUUAUUAUAUUGAUGGUGAUGUGAAACUGUCACAAAGUAUAGCAAUUUUGCGAUACUUAGCUAGAAAAUUAAAACUUGAUGCUGAAACUGAAGAAGAGCGAAUAAGAACUGAUCUUAUUGAGCAACAAGCAAUAGAUCUCAGAGCUGGUUUAGUCAGCAUUGCCUAUAAUGAAGAUUUUGCGAAACUUAAAGUGGACUACUUAAAAAAUCUACCUCUUUCACUUCAACAAUUUGCUGACUUUUUGGGAAAGAAAUCUUGGUUUGCUGGAGAUAGGCUAACUUAUGUUGACUUUUUGGUGUAUGAAGUUUUGGAUCAGCAUCUUGUCUUGGAUCCUGACUGUUUGAAGCAGUUCCCCUCUUUGGAAGGAUUUCUUAAGGAGUUCAAGGGUCUUCCAACUAUUGAGAAAUAUAUGAACUCUCCAGAUUUUCUCAGCUUCCCAUUGAAUGGUGACAUGGCAUAUUUUGGCUCAAGACGUGGCCAAAAGUAAAGAUACACCAAUUUCAUGCGCCUGCUCAAUGGCAAUUCUGAUUUCAUUCAACUUUUGAUUUUUUUUAAGGGAUAAUUCUUUGUUAAGAUUUCAUAUUGCUUCUACUUGUAGUUAAGUUUUUGAAUAAGUGUUCAUUUUUUCUACCCUUUUUUACUGUUUUCUAUGAAUGAUACUUGUAAAAAGUAUUGAAACUUUUGAAUAAAAUAUCUUUUUUUAAGUUA